GUGCAAGGUGCAGAACAAUUUACGUUUUAUUUGCCGGAACUGACGUCACUGCAAAAUAGUGCACGCGUUCUAUUUCAACGGAACACUUGGAAAUUGGUGCAUAGGUACAAGAACUUUUGUAUCAUCUUUCGAGGCGGUGCAGCGUAUGGUACAGCGGUUGAGAUUACGCACUAGACCGGGGCUAACCUGCCGGAAUCAGACUCCGCAUUGAAGAAGUGCAUGCAUUUGAAAAUCCAGAAAACAAUGGAGAGGAAGGAAAGCACUUUAUUUUGUGAUGCAAAUGAUUUCAUUUAUGACGAACAAGGAUUUUUAAUCGGUGCCUCUAAAGAUGGCAGUGUACAAUUUACUGUAAACCCAAAAAACAUUGACAUAUCUGCAAAUCAGUUAUUAGUGAACCUUGAUAACUCUUUUGAAGCUGUUAUUGAUUUACGACAAUAUAAACAAUAUUUUGAAAAACUUACUUCGACAUUACUCUCUAAAAAAAGAGAAGAUGUAACAAACAGAAAAAUAAAGAAUCUUAAAAAAAUGUGGGAAAUUAUAGCCAUAGAAAUGACUAUAAAUGGAUAUAGUGUUACACCACGACAAGCUGAAAAUAAAAUGAAAAGUUUAAACCGUUCAUAUAAGAAUAUGAAAAGUCAUAAUAAAAAAACAGGACGUGAUAGAGCUGAUUGUUCAUAUCGAAGGGAAUUAGAUGAUAUUUUAGGAAAAAAACAUAACAUUGAGCCUUUAGUAAUAUGUGGAAAUAGAAUCGGAACAAAAUUAAAAGAGGUCGAAAAAACAUCAAAUUCUAAAGCGUCAUCUUCUCGGUAUUCCGCAGGUGAAGAUCUUGACAUCAUGCAAGAAGAAAAUGAAACAAUUACCGAGAAUAUUGAAAAAGAGAACAGUGAUAUUGUUACUAUAAAUGCUAGAAAUUGUACAAACAUUAAUAGUAAUAGUACAGAUGUAAACGAUACUAGUCAUGUACAAACAAAAAAGAAAAGACCGAGUAACGUCGAUAUAAUAAAGAUACCAUUAGCACUAUUCUAGAAGAAUCCAGAAUGAGAAGGAACGAAUCCAAAGACUUUCAAAAAAAAUAUUUGGAAUUGCAAGAAAACAAAACUCCAGUAAGAGAAGAAAGAAAUAAUAUUUUAAAGGAAAAGAAUGUUAUAUUGCUGGAACAGAACAAAUUAUUAAAAAAUCAAAAUUCUGUACUGGAGGCAAUUUUAUCAGAACUAAAAGAACUCAACAA